AGGUAAAACGUGAGCGCACUUUGUGACGUAAAGCACGUUACAGUAAGAGCACCUGUGCAGCACGUGCGAACAGUGAGCUCCUUUCCCCACUGGAGCAGCGACAUGAAGACCAGGUUUCACGACUUGAAUUGGAGACUCCACUUAAAAAGGCACAAGAUGAUGCCUUGGAUUUAGCUGGCCCACAUGAGUGAUAUGAAUAACACGCUGGACGAAAUACACACUUCUGGAAGCCUCGGAGAGAAAGCAGAGAUUUUUCACACUGGCAAGGGUAAUGUGAGUGGCUUUCCCAACCCAGCCCUCAUCCCUUUGCGAGCUCCUUUACUAACACCAAAUGCCCAGAAGAUCAGGACUACGCUCUGCAAGAGGAACAGGAGCAAUAAAGAGGGAGAGGAGUCAUUCUCUUCCCCUGUUCCAAACCCCUUCCCUGAGCUUAUCCCCUCAACCAUCUCCCCUCUUGUCUCUGAAUGUUUAUUACCAUGGACCAAAAGUAGUGCAACUCAGGUAAUCAAAGUUUAUAAUGAAGAUAACACUAGCAGAGCAGUAGAGGUUCCCAGUGACAUCACUGCGCGGGACAUCUGCCAGCUGUUUGUCUUGAAGAACCACUGCAUUGAUGACCACAGCUGGACUCUUUUUGAACAUCUCUCCCAUCUGGGAAUAGAGAGAACCAUUGAAGACCAUGAGUCUGUUAUGGAGGUGCUAUCAGGCUGGGGAAUGGACACAGACAGUCGGCUGUAUUUUAGGAAGAAUUAUGCUAAAUAUGAAUUCUUCAGGAAACCCCUGGACUUUUUCCCAGAUCACAUGGUCUCCAUAUCCAGUGAAACCAAUGGGAUGGUGGAUCACUCACAGCUUAUACAGACCUUUCUCAACUCCAGCACCUGUCCAGAAAUACAUGGACACCUCCAUGCCAAAGAGCAAAGCAGGAAGUCUUGGAAGAAGUUUUAUUUUGUGCUGCGGAGGUCGGGGCUGUAUUUCUCCAACAAGGGAACUUCCAAGGAACCAAGGCAUCUCCAGUUCAUUGCGGACUUCAGUGACAGUGAUGUCUACACAGUGUUGUCAGCCAAAAAACUUCAUGGAGCACCUACGGAUUAUGGUCUCUGUGUCAAGUCCACAAAGGGUAGUUCAGCCCGAGACUUGAGGCUGCUUUGUGCGGAUGAUGAGCAGACCAGGACCUGCUGGAUCACAGCCAUGCGCUUGUUAAAGUAUGGGAUGCAGCUGUACCAAAACUUCAUUCAGCCACAUCAGAAGCAAAAGGCUUCACCAAUGAGAAGCAUCUCAGAGAAUUCGCUGGUGGCCAUGGACUUCUCUGGCCAAAAGAGCCGAGUGAUUGAAAACCCGUCUGAGGCGCUGUCUGUGGCUGUAGAGGAAGGCCUGUCGUGGAGAAGGAAAAGCUGCCAUCGUUUGAGUGGCCACGGCAGCCCUUCCACAUCACAGAGCUCAGUGUCAAACAUAGCCCUCCACUUGACUCAGUCUUGGUUCCACGGCAAACUGUCUCGGGAUGAAGCUCAGCGUCUCAUCACUCAGCAGGGUCUUAUCGAUGGAGUAUUUCUUCUGAGGGAUAGCCAAAGCAACCCUAAGACAUUUGUGCUGUCACUGUGCCACAUGCAGAAAAUCAAACACUUUCAGAUCUUACCUAUGGAUGAUGACGGGGAGGUAUUCUACAGUCUCGAUGAUGGUCACACACGGUUCACUGACUUGAUCCAGUUGGUGGAGUUUUACCAGCUAAACCGUGGCGUGUUGCCCUGCAAGCUCAAACACCACUGUGCCCAGAUCACCCUGUGAACAAGAGACCCAGGAGAACCCCGAGGGCCCACAUGCACCUUAACUCCGGGGCCUUUCUGGACAAACACUCCAUGUGUUAUUGUGCCUUGAAGAAGAAAGAUAUACAGACUAACUGAACAGCCAUGCUAACUGAAACCACUGUUAUGAUCCACUAUCGUCCUUACUUUUUCCUUUUUGAGAAAUCUGAAUUUGACAAUAGACUGUAUAAUAACUGACUACAUGUGCUGAAGAUGAUGUGCAGUUUUGUCUGGUGAACAUUAUUCUUUGGCCCUGUAAUGUGCCCAUAUGUGGCGGUAAAUCCGUUGUGCAAAGUCCAAAUCUGACUACCGGUACUUGUACUGUAUAUUGUAGAGCUGAAUGUGUACUGCAAACAGCUUGUGAUUCUAACAUCGUGACACCAAUGAAAGUUCUUUUCUUUUUUCUUGGUAAAUGAAAUACGGUAGCUGGAAUUUGAGUUUUUACUGAAACUGCAGUAUGUAUACAGUAACUAUAUAUUACCAGGUCUGUUAAAGCUAAUGAUGGUUGAAUCCCAACAAGGGCAUCAAUUUCUUAUUUGAAACCAUGUCAUGCUGUAGUACACAACUCCUCUGUCCUGUUAAAUUUGAGUAAAACUAAGCUAUCUUACUUUUCAUUGUCAUUGUAUCUCUAAGUAUUCAGGUGUUUUUUUUUUUGUUUUUUUUUUUAAAGAAAAUGAUCAUUGUUUUCUAUUUGAGAGAUAAAAUGACCUCUCAGGAAGUGUCACUGUGCAUGCCCCGUAAGCUGGACUGAGACUGCUGUAGAGAGAAAGAGAGAGGUGUAAGGUAGAGGUGGAGAGAAAUGGCACACAACCUCACUAGCCUGCACUGUGCAUUCAUUUUAAAUGUAUGUAAUUCAAUGAAAUGUUUGUAUUACAUGAAAUUUGUUGUGCGCUCACUCUAGAGCAAGAGCAGCAAAAUAUAUUUCACAAUUUUUUAGAUGUAAGCCAUUGAAAUGGAAAUCAGAAAUACUGUGUGACUGAUUUUAAUCAUAUCUGAAUUCAAUGUAUAUGGAAAUUUAGGUUUUAUAUUUUUCAAAGAUUCAGGUAUACAGUUUGCAAAACCUGGGUUGCUUGUGGUUUGCUGUUAUUGCCACUGCUCUGGAAAUACAGUGUCUGUUUUCAAAAAGCAAAUAAUGGAUCAGCUUUCAAAACCAAGGUAUUUUAAAUCGGUGACAUGAUCAAUAUGACCAUCUUCUAACUUCUGUUAGUAGUUUCAUUAUUUUUUUUUUUCAGCUGGACAACAGUGCAUUGAACAAUGAAUGUCAUGGACUAUAAAUAUAAUAUAAUGCAUAUAUAUAUAUGAAUUAUUGUCACAUUUAACAAUAAGCUUCAAGGUGCACACACUGUUAGACCUACAUUUUUAGUAGGUUUUUGCAAUGUGUAAAAACCGCUGGCAAUGUAUUAUUCAUGUUUGCUGUAGUUUGGUACGCAGCACAGUAAACUCUUAACUGAGACGCCCAGAUGAGAUCUGGGACAGUGUGAAGCAAUCGAUCACUAGGCUGAUAAACUCAGCCUUUAUUUAAAAUAUAAUGCAGUAUACAUUAUAGUCUUUGUAUGGUAAAUAGGGCAUACAUGGUUAUGAUACAAAUGCAAUUAAAGACACUAAAUCUUACUAUAAAUUGAAAUGUCCACCUGAGCCAUCUCAUCAGUACACAGUGGGGUGCUUCUCUGCUCAGAAAGAUUUUUAUUGUGAAUACAUAAGUCAGAAUUUUCUAAUGAGAUCCAGCACAUAGUUAAAUUUAGUCACACUAUAUAGCCUGUGAACGGAACACAUUAGCUUAACAUUGUCAAGUAUGAUUUAGUGAAUUCUGUGUGCAGUGUAUGUAUACAUAUACAUAGUCUAUGAUUUCUCCACAGUGCGUCACAUAAAUAUUUUUUAUAACCACUAGAUGGUACUAGAAGCAUUUUGCUUUUGCUUGACCAGGUUUAUGUUUGAAAUCAUGUGUCCAGUGCGAUUUAAAUUACAUAAUACACAUAAAAAGUGUCAAAGAUGGAAGAACUUUAAAGAAGUUAACUUACUUUAAAAGUUGUGCAACCAAGACUUCCCUGGUAUUGAACAUCUGACAUUUUAUGUUCAAAGAAUUACCUAAGAAACACGUAUAUAUACAUGAGUGAGUGUAUUUACACUAACAACAGCAACAGUCCCUGUGUGCCUGCUCUUGCACUGAUGUUAGUCAUUUAAUAUUUCAGGUGCAAGUAAUGAAUUUAAGGUAAUCGCAUUUUAAUGUACAACUGACUUUCAAGGAUCCAUGGAAUAUGAAAAAAAUUGUAAUGGACAUCAUUUUGGUUCCCUACAUAACAGUGAACGGCAAGGUGUCUUGUCUUGAAGCAUUUGUGUUAAACAUUCUUCUCUGUUGUGAUACAAACACAUUGCCCCUAUACCUCCCCUGCUCUACUUCAAUAGCACAUUUUGAAACAGUGUUCACAUCCAGGGGAGAUGUGCGCACACAGAGAAGUCUUAAAUGCACCCCUGCUUCCGAGGUCUUGUGCUAAAUGUUGUUUUGGAUGUAUUCCUGCCAUUGAUCGGAGUCUGGCUGCAGGGGGAGAGAUGGCAGCUGGGAGAGACUGCGCUUCCUUUAAUGAAUUCAUCCAGCUCUAUCCUGCCCAAACGGCCUGUGGAUACAGCAUUUCUCCCAGUAAAUAAAGCCUCUCUCCGCUCUGUCUCGGGCCCUCAUGGACAACCACCACUGUUUGUAGCACUUCUCACCACUACAUUGGAUUUACUCCUGCCUGCACUCUCACUCUUAUGACUUCAGGUUUUGCACUUGAGAGUUUGAACUUCACUCUGUUCUUAAAUGCCCCUCAUGUUGUAUUCCCCUUGUCUGUAUUCAGUUUACUGGCUUUGGCCAAUUACUGAUUAUCUCCAAUGAAGUGAAGACCUUGCUGUUUUCUCUGCUCUUGAUCCACAAAAGGGCAUUAUCUGGGCUUGGGUAUGAAUCUAGGCAGUCUAUGAGGAAAUGAGGCCAGGUUUGUUUAGGGGAUGCACUAUAGUGAAGGUUAGAGGCUUUAACUGUUCCUUUGCAAAGGGCUUUCCCAUCUGGACUAUCUAAAGCCAGAAGCAAAUCCAACAGCUCUUUACAGUAGCUGCAGUGGCCACAGUGGACUGGAGCAAAGAUAAUCAUAGGUCGAUAAGAACAAAAUAUUAAAUAAGUGAAAGAUUUUCAUGUUUUCCGUUUUUCACACAUUAUACAGAUCAAGGGUGAAAUUAAAUAAGACAUCAAACAGUGUUGGACUAAUUAUUUUACCUUGUCAAAUCAUACACAAUACAUACAUAAACUGUAGACUGUGUGUGUGUGUGUGUGUGUGUGUGUGUGGUACAUUGCACAGUUUCAGUGGUGCUUUUACUGUAUUGUCAUUUUGCAGUAAUAAACAUUCAGUUUUCACAGACAGUGGCCAAUAACAAUCAUCUUGUCUUAAUAGAUUAUAGAUCAGAAGCCACAGGCAGGGGAGGUCACGCAGGUAGGAUGCUCAUACAUUUGUAUUUUUGUUCUGUUUGUAACGUGAAGGUAUUAUGGGUAUUGGCUGCGAUCCAAAACUCCCCAAAUAUGUUAAAUGCCAUACAGUGUAUCCUCUAUUUGCUGUUUAACUUGACAAAUCUAGGCUUUUAUGAUAAAUAAAUU